GGGGUUCAGGGACUGAAGAGCUGGAGGCUAGAAGCCGCAGGGGCUUAAAGACAGCCCGGGAGUGCAGCUGCUCAGCUGGAGGAAGGAGACAGCUCCAAGCCCUCAGGGAGAGGCCCUACAGAGAUGGACCAGAAGGAAGGGAAGCCCUCUGAGGAUGGGACCCCUGUGUCCCCAGCCACGGAGGUCCCGGAGACAGCGGGAGGGGGAGCCUCUGCUGAGGAGGAGGCCACAGGCCCAGCUGAGAGGACCAUCACAGAGGGGCCUCCAGAGGGAGCAGGAAAGCAGGAGAGGGCACCAGCUGAGGACAGCAUUUCAGCUGAAUUCCAGGGGGAAUCCAAAGGGGAGGCUGGACUUCAAAAGGACGACAGUGGGAAGAAAGAGACCGCCGUGGUUCCUCAGGAGAUGGCUGAUAGGAAAGAAGAGACCAACUCUGAACCCAAGGAGGCUGAGGGAAAAGAGGAGACCACGUUGGCCUCUGAGAAGCAAAAGGCUGGUGAGAAAGAGGCCAAGCCUGGAUCUGGGGAGAAAGCCAACGUGAAUGAUGAGGCACAGGCUGCUGGGGAGCAGGAAGACAAGGCUGGAGGCGGGGAGGCUACUGGGAAGGAGGAGGUCAUGGCUGGAGGCAGGGAGGCCAAAGGGAAGGAGGAGGCCAAGGCUGGAGGCAGGGAGGCCAAAGGGAAGGAGGAGGCCAAGGCUGGAGGCAGGGAGGCCAAAGGGAAGGAGGAGGCCAAGGCUGGAGGCAGGGAGGCCAAAGGGAAGGAGGAGGCCAAGGCUGGAGGCAGGGAGGCCAAAGGGAAGGAGGAGGCCAAGGCUGGAGGCAGGGAGGCCAAAGGGAAGGAGGAGGCCAAGGCUGGAGGCAGGGAGGCCAAAGGGAAGGAGGAGGCCAAGGCUGGAGGCAGGGAGGCCAAAGGGAAGGAGGAGGCCAAGGCUGGAGGCAGGGAGGCCAAAGGGAAGGAGGAGGCCAAGGCUGGAGGCAGGGAGGCCAAAGGGAAGGAGGAGGCCAAGGCUGGAGGCAGGGAGGCCAAGGGGAAGGAGGAGGCCAAGGCUGGAGGCAGGGAGGCCAAAGGGAAGGAGGAGGCCAAGGCUGGAGACAGGGAGGCCAAAGGGAAGGAGGAGGCCAUGGCUGGAGGCAGGGAGUCUGCUGGGAAGCAGGAGGCCAAGGCUGGAGCCAGUGAGGCUGAUGGGAAGGAGGAGGCCACAGUGGCCUCUCAGGAGGAGAGCGACAGGACGGAGGAGCCCAAGGCUGAAGCCCAGGAGAAAGCCAGUGCUCCAGAGGCCAAGUCGGACUCUCAGAAGAAGACUGCCGUGGAAGAUGAGGCCAAGCCCGAACCACAGGAGGAGGAGGUGAAGGAGGAGGUGAAGGAGGAGGUGGAGCCAGGCUGUCCUCAUGAAGAACAGGAGCAGGGUGUGGAGGAAGAGUCAGAGGAAGGGGCAGAAGUGCUUCCCAGCUCCACCGAGGAAUGGCCCGAGAGCCCCAUGGAGGAGGGCAGCAGCCUCAGCCCAGAUGGGCUGAGUCCAGACACCGCAGCUUCCGGAGAGACCAGUCCUUCAGCCAGUGAAUCCUCACCCAGCGACGUGUCCCCGAGUCCCACGGAGCCCCCUCCCUCACGGGAGAAGAAGAAAGAGGAGGCACCAGCGCGUAGGGUGUCAGCCCCUGCCCGGCCCCGGGGGCCCCGUGCCCAGAACCGCAAAGCCAUCCUGGACAAGUUUGGGGGGGCAGCCUCGGGCCCCACGGCCCUGUUCCGGAACACCAAGGCCGCGGGGGCAGCCAUCGGCGGCGUUAAGAACAUGCUCUUGGAGUGGUGCCGGGCCAUGACGAGGAGCUACGAGCAUGUGGACAUCCAGAACUUCUCCUCAAGCUGGAGCAGCGGCAUGGCCUUCUGCGCCCUCAUCCACAAGUUCUUCCCCGAUGCCUUCGACUACGCUGCGCUGGACCCCGCCAAGCGCCGGCACAACUUCUCCCUGGCCUUCUCCACAGCCGAGGCCUGGUGUGCAGAUUAAGUGUGCAAAGUAAGGGGGCCCGUGCCGCAGCUGGCUCCCUUCUCGAACUCGCCUCUGAUUCCCAUGGAACAACGGUCAACGCUGGGGCCCCCAGGCGGCUUGAUCGGCUGUGCUGCUCGAGGAGCCCGACCCCGUUCCCCAGGCCCUGUGGGCAUGAAGCUUUUGCCUCUCGGGCAUGGGAACAGCACCCCGACCCACCCCCAGGAGCCCAGAGCACUGCAUUGGCUGCAGGGAGCUUGUCCCGUUCUUCGAAAUCCUCCAGUCUGUGCUCCUCCCUCCCGCUCCCUGGCCAGCCCGGCUUGGGUUUCGGCCCAGCUGUCUCAGCUCUAAGAGAGGAUUUCCGCCGGGACCCCGGUUUCUCUUACUGCCAGCACCCAUGGCGGUUUGGCAGGCUGGGACUGCUGAGACCCGGCUACAGGGCAGGGAUGCCAGAGGCAUCAGGCAGGCCUGGGGUGGAGUCCCAGCUGUGUCUCUCACGUUGACAUUGGGCAAGUCACCAAAAUGCUCUGAGUCUCCAGUUCCUCUUCUGCUGGUUGAACAUAGAGGAGUGGAGUAAAUGAGACCAUUCAAGGGAAAGCACCUGGGAGUUCCCUGGUGGCCUAGUGGUUAGGAUUCCAGGCUUUCACAGACGUGGCCUGGGUUCAAUCCCUGGUUGGGGAACUGAGAUCCUGUAAGCUGUGUGGCGCAAACAAAAAAAAAAAAGCUGGGGAGGGAAGCACUUGAUAAAACUCCUGGCACAUGGUGGCAAGGUCCCAACAGUGGUUAGAUCAGAUGAUCGGCUUUAGCAAAGCCAGGAGUAGCACGUGGCCCCAAAGAGCAGCUGGGAAGUUAGAAAAAGAGGACUUGCUGCUAAGUUCUAUGCGGUUGCUCAAACACAUUAAGCACUCCUGCCUCAGGACCUUUGCACAUGCUGUUUCCUCUGCCUGGAAUCCUCUUCCCGCAGAUAUGUACCCGAUUUACUCUCUUUUUAAAUUUUGUUUAAUAAAUUUGUUUUAUUUA